AUGAAAAAACAGAUAAUAAUUCAAAAAGACAAAAAUUAUUACGGUUUACAAUACUAUAUAUAUAGCUAUAGCUUUGUUUAAUUUACAAAAUAUUGGAAUAUGAUGAUGAUGGCUCUAGAGAAUAUUGGAUACUUGGAGGGUGCCCUAGGUGGGGCAGUUAUGGUAUACUUUCUGGCGACGAUUCACCACUGGUGGCGCGACAGAAACGCGGUGCUGAUGGCCUGGCCGGUGGUGGGAAUGCUACCCAAACUUCUACUAAAUGCCUCGAACGUGCAUGAUUUCGCAACUGAAAUUUUGAGGAAAAGUGGGGGCACUUUUGUGUUCAAAGGUCCUUCUUGGUUUACAACUGAUUUGGAUUUCAUUAUAACUUGUGAUCCAUCUAAUUUACAACACAUCUUAAACUCCAACUUCUCUAAUUAUCCAAAAGGAGAAGAGUUUAGACAAGUGUUUGAUGUUCUUGGAGAUGGGAUUUUGAAUGUUGAUUCGGACUUGUGGAGACUUCAAAGGAAAAUGUUUCAACUGUGGAGCACACGACACAAAAAUUUUGUGUCAUUUAUUGCUAACACUAUGCACCAUAAGAUGGUCGAUCACUUCAUCCCAUUUCUUCAUCAUCUCUCUCAAACACGACUUCAGGUUGACUUGCAAGAAUCAUUUCAAAGGAUGAUCACCUUUGACAAUGCAAUUUUAUUGAGUUUGGGGUUGAAUCCAGCUUCACACUCACACUUGUUUCAACUACCUCAACUUGAGUAUCAGAAAGCUUUUGAAGACAUACAUAAGGCUGUGUUUCAAAGACACAUACUUCCCCAAACUCUUUGGAAGUUACAAAGGUGGCUCAAAAUCGGAGCAGAGAGAAAGCUAGCUCAAGGUCGAGAAAUGUUUGACCAAUUCAUGUUAAGAUGCAUCUCACUAAAACAACAACAACAACUCAUGAUCACUAAUAAUAAUAAUGAGAAUAAUGAUGAUGAAGCUGAUUUUGGUCUGUUGUCAAUUUAUUUGGAGGAAAAAGAGAAGCCUUAUUCAACCAAGUUUCUGAAGGACAUGGCCUUGAAUUUUAUGUCUGCAGCAAGAGACACCUUGACUUCAAGUCUAACUUGGUUUUUUUGGCUUGUUGCAACUCAUCCAUUAGUAGAGGCCAAAAUCAUUGAAGAAAUUAACCGUUGUAAUAUCAACACUACUACUUGUCUUGGUGCAGAGGAACUGAACAAGUUUAUCUAUUUGCAAGCUGUAUUGUAUGAGACAUUCAGACUCUAUCCACCUAUACCAUUCAAUCACAGAAGUGCAGAUAAGGAUGACAUUCUUCCAAGUGGUCACCAUGUGAGGAAGAAACAAAGGGUAUUGUUGUCAUUUUACUCCACUGGUAGGAUGGAAGAGAUAUGGGGUAAGGAUUGUUUAGAGUUCAAACCAGAAAGAUGGAUUACAGAGGAAAAAGGUUUUGUGUAUGUACCAUCUCAUAAGUACCCAAUUUUUAAUGGUGGUCCAAGGACUUGUAUUGGUAAAGACAUGGUUUUGAUUCAAAUGAAAGUGGCUGCAAUUUCUAUACUUUCUAAGUAUUCUUUUCAAGUGGUGGAAGGACAUGAUCCUAUAUCUCUUAGUUUAACUAUCUCUCUUAAUAUGAAAAGUGGGCUCAUGGCUAAGGUUGUGAAAAGAUGUUCUUGAAAUCAAAUCUAUGUAAUAUUUAACUAGAAUUUAAGAUCAAGUUCUCUACUUAUAAUUAAUAAAAAUAAUUAUCCACUAUGUUUU